AUGACAUAUGUGAUCCCAGCACGUGCCUGGCAUGCAACCGUGAGCCCAUUGUUCGUCCGUGGGGCGAAGCGAUUAAACCCGGGUGCUUGGCCUAUCUCGUUCACUUCCACCGGUCACGGAAUCGGCAGCCAGGCAAGCUGCUUUGUGAAUACGAGAAGCCAUCGUCUUAUCCUGUAGAUUCCAUGAAGCGUAGAUGGAGAAAACGCGGCGACUCUUGUGAUCUUGGAAACAUAAAACAGAACGAGGUACAUUGAUGGUCUGAUGCUGAGACAUCCGGGACAUGGUUUCUCCGGGCCGAAGCGUGGAUGCCAAGCACCAGCGUGGUGUCAUGCAAGAUCUUGCUUUCCUUUCUCCAACUCUCAUCCAUCAUCAGGCAAACGCAUCUCAAAAAACACACACUCCAGUCCGUAUGCUUUCGUCAUGGCGAUAGAAUGUCUCUCACGGUCGACGAGAGACGCGAAGCCACUCCUUAGGAAGUCGCCAAGUCACAGAUCCUACAGCCUCCGCCGCGAAGGUUUGGCAAUUAGGCCAAUCAAAUCAACGCGAAUCAAAGGCGUGGCGGCGUGCAUGACGAGGACGAGAAAGAUUGGCGUCGCAACAAUUUGCUUAUCCUAUAAGAAAAUUGAAAGAUCAUGAUGCGUUGAGAUGUUGCUCACAUGUCCAACUAGUCAAGAUGCCGCCUACAAUCCAUCUCGUUCGCCAUGCGCAAGGCUAUCAUGUGAAGUCAUCACUUCAACUCUUGCAGUAAUGGUCGAGGUACUGACACGGCGUAGAACGUAGCCAAAGGAGGUGAAAAGAUUCAUGAUCCAGUCUUGACAGAUGAAGGAAUCGAACAGGCCAAGGAGCUCUGUCGGAACUUCCCUCAUCACGAUGAUAUCGACAUGCUCAUGGCCAGUCCCAUGAAGAGGACCAUCCAGACUUGCCAAUAUGGAUUCGCGCCAGCUGUCAAAACAGGCCACAAGAUCCUCCUUAUGCCACUCGCUCAGGAGGGUUCCGACGAGCCUAUGGACACUGGCUCCAGCAAGGAAGAAAUCGAGGCUAUCUUCGGUGACUUGGUGGAUGCGCAACGUCUUGAUCUAUUUUCCUACUGGCACACGAACCAGGGACGCUUCGCGGCAGAUGGAAAUUCACUCAUCGAGCGAGCGCGCAGUCUUCGAAAUACUCUGAAGCAACGGCCCGAGAAGAACAUCGCCAUUGUCUCCCAUGGUCUAUUCGCGCAUUUCAUUGUCGGCAAUGUGGACGAGGAUGGCAAGCAGACCACCCGCAUGUGGUCCAACACCGAAUGCCGCAGCUUUGUCUUUGCAGACGCUGGUGGCAAUGACAGUGACGCCCCUCUGGUCGAAUUGCAAGAAUCGAUCGACAGGAGACCUGAUCUUGAGAAGGUCACCAGUGGUCAUGUCCUCUCCACAGACGGAACAAGAAGGAAUUCUGCGGGGCAAGUCGUAAGCAAUGGAAAAGUUCAAAGCAGCAAUGAGGCGAGAGCGCCUUGA